AUGGGCGACACGGCGCUCGUGCGCAUCCAGAGCCCCAUGACCCGCAAAGAGGUGGAGGCCAUGACUGUGGCCGACCUAAGUCUUGGGGAGCUCGACCUGGUGAAUGUGGAGACGGCGCGGGCCGGGGUGGACGCCCAGGGCAAUAAGCUAUGGGUGCCGUCGAUGCAGCUGACCCUGCACGACUUCUACGUGUGGCAGGUGGCGCGUGCAACCAGCGCAGCCCCCGGGUUCCUGCCACCCGCUGAGGUGUCGCCUUCUGACGGGCUCACAAAGGAGGACGGCUCCUGGCCACGCCCGCGCACCUUUGUCGACGGCGGCCUGGCCAACAACGACCCGACAUGGAUGGGCGUGGGGCUGAUGCUGAUGCUGUGGGGGGCGCGCCGCCAGGCGCAACACGAGGCGGUCAGGAAGGGCGAGCUGCCGGGCGCCGCGCCCAAGCCCCUCACCUUUGUGGACACCGCGGUCUUCAGCGUCGGCACCGGCCAGUCUCAGACGUGGGGCGCGUUGCAUGACGGCCCCUUCAGCGGCGGCCCCAUCACCGGGCUGCUGAGAGCCCUGGCGCUGCUUGGGGACCUUGUGUCUUUGACCAUGGCGGUCAACGGAGAGGACAAGCAGAGCAUACUCAGGCUGAUCUACUAUGGCCUCCUGCGCCUGCCAGAGGGACAGUACAUGCGCAUCCAGCUGCCCUUUGGCGAUACCACGGCUGCAGAGCCCACCGCAGGUCUCUCCUCGCAGCGCAGCACACCAGCGGUCCCGACCCCCACCCCCGGGCUGACGCGCGAGGAGCUGGCUGCGCUGGACAAAAUGGACGACCCCGACCCCGAUGUGCUUAAGGUGUACGAGCAGCUCGGCCAGAAGCUGGUGGCGCGCUACGAAAAGCGCAUCGACUGGUGGGUGCGCUGCUUCCUGCUGGGCCUGGACAACCCCUUCAACGCCGUCAGUCAUAACAGGAAUGUCGGCCCGCAUGCAGCAUCGUUCGCGGGGACUCGAACGCCACGAUCUGCCGGCAAGCAGGCGCCCAUGCAUCGCGGUUGA